GACAAUUUCAUCGAAGCAGCACUAACCAACUUUCAGUCACAACAUGCACUGUAAUCGUGUGUCUUUUUUCUCUCACCCGUUCACAAGUAUCGGGAUUAUUUCUUCCACAGCUUGGCGUGAACAGUUUUCCUCCUUUCCUGGCUUGCUAGUUUUUUGCUGUCGUCAUCUCUUUCCCUGCGCUUUAUUUUCUGUCCCUCCAUCACCUCACUUCUCACCUUUCACCUCCUCCUCUCCAACAACCCACAACUGCAAUCUGCAAGUCAAAACGCAGCUACGAAAUGUUGGAUCGAUUUUGAUAACGAACGAUGGCGAUAACCCCGAAGAUGAUUAGGCAACACACGGUAUAGAAUGAAGUGAGAGCGAAGGACGACGUGAACCGGUACCGACUGAGUCGAGAUGGACGAAAACGAUGCCAAACACCGACGGGAACGAUCACGAAAGGCAGCAAAGGCGGGCACCGAGACCCAUCGACGAGCAGAGCCUGCCUUGACCUGGACUGGCUUGACUCAAGCCGGAUACUGCGACGGCAUCAGCACGCAAUCCGGCGGCGACAACAGCGUCACAGCGCCUAUCCAUGGAGACUCGCAGGCCUGUGGACCUCGGAUACGGACUGGAAUUAUGGGCCGGGGGGCUAGUCUGACUAGGCGUGCUGGCGUGCGUCUGACUCUGAUUGCUCUCGCUCGUUGGCGCACCAAGAUCGCCUCUGUUGCCCCAAUCGCAGUCGCGUAUCCCCGUCGCUCCUUAUCGGAGCGGGCACCACUAACUCUGGUUCUAGCCAUGCUCCGCCCUGUCAAACCCUUUGCUCGCCCCCCGUGGGACUUUUUUCUUCCAACCCAACCCAACCACCGACUCUUGCCUAACGAUGGGACCCUGAAACACGCUCUCCCCCCUUCACUGACUGUUUUGUUCAACCCACGCGCCCUCCUUCACUACGCGUCGUCACCUCAGCUUCUUGAGCAGGGUCAUUUGAAUCGCGCUCAUUUCAUUGUGAUAGUCGUCUCGCAAGCGUCUCAUCAGCAAAGUCACGCCAUGACCUGCAACAAGAAUAUGGCUCAGUCAACAUAUCACGCGACUAACUGA